AUGAAACAGGUUUUUCAAAAUCAAGUGAAAUUUCGACCAGAAAUCCGUAAAAUGGGACCAGGAAUGUUACAAAAUGGUGUGUCCAUAUUGCACGAUAAUGCGCGGCCGCAUAUCGGAGCACCAGUCGUCGCUCUUUUGGAGAAAUAUGGAUGGGAACGCCUCAAACACCCAUCGUAUUCGCCGGAUUUAAGUCCCCCGGAUUUUGAUUUAUUUCCUAAACUGAAGGAACCACUAAGAGGAAUCCGUUUUCUCAACUUAGAUAUAUUUAAUGAAGGAGUGAGCCGAAGGAUCCGUGAAAUCAACAAAGAUGGCGUCCUUUGA